AUGAAGAUUCCCCAAUCAAUGAAAGCCCUCGUGGGCAAUCGCUCUAUCAUCACACGCCUAUCAAACUAUGCACGCAGCAACUCAUCCGGAGACGGAGUAAAAAUCUCCACCAUCCCCAUCCCCACAAUUGAAGAACAAGAAAUUCUCGUCCGAGUACACUCUGUCGCUCUCAAUCCAACCGACUUCAAACACAUCGAUAUCCUAUCCCCCCGCGGCGCAAUUAUCGGCUGCGACUACGCAGGGACCGUCGCGAAGGUCGGAUCCAACGUGACGGGAUGGACAGUCGGCGAUAGAGUCGCCGGAGUCACGCACGGAGGACUGUACACUGAUCGAGGGUCUUUCGCGGAGUAUCUCAAGAUACCUGGCGAUUUAGCGUGGAAAGUCCCUUCGUCAAUUAGCGAUGAGCAGGCUGCUACAUUUGGCGUCUCCGCUGUUACGGCUAUGUUGGCGUUGAAUACUCGACUUGGUGUACCCUGGGUAGAAGGAGGGGAGAAUAAGGAUGGACAUAAAGAUGAAGAUGAAGAUGAAGAGCGAUCGAAGACUCCUAUUCUUAUCUAUUCUGGUGCAACGUCUGCUGGACUUUAUGCUAUUCAGUUGGCGAAGUUGGGGGGGUUGAAAGUCGUUGUUACCGCUUCUCCGCGCUCGCAUGAUCUCGUUAAAGAAUAUGGUGCGGAUGAUGUAUUUGACUAUCGAUCAUCUACUGCUGUUGAAGAGAUUAUCCGUGCUUAUCCGAGUCUUGAUCGGGCGAUGGAUUGUUUUUCCGAAGGUGAAUCUACUGCGUUUUGUGCGGAUGUGGUUCGCAAGAAUAAGGGUUCGGUGGUUACACUUUUAGACUCUGGGAAGACGGAAUGGGAUGGUGUGAAGGUGGACUUUUUGCUUGCCUACACGGCUAUGGGGGCUGAGUUUCAAUGGCUUCCUCCGUUCGGGCCUAAAUUUGGCAAGGCUCCUUCUGAUCGUGAAGCGUUGCGCAGAUUCUAUGCCUCGUUGCCGGGGACUUCUAAAAUUCUCAGACCGCCGCCUCUUCAGGUGAUUGAGGGAGGACUAGAGGGCUUGAGAACAGGGCUUGAUCUGCUACGCCAAGGAAAGGUUUCGGGUACUAAAUUGGUUGCGCGUUUGAUUUCGAAGUAG